AUGGGGGAUAGUAGUCCCGCUGUUAUCCAUCAACUGCCCUAUGACAUCCUCCUCCACAUCUCCUCCCUUCUACCUGCGACUGACAUUGCCCAUUUGCUCAGCACCUGCCAAGCGCUGCGUCCUCUAUCUUACGACGAGUACAUCUGGAAGAAGCUCUCAAAUCGCGUUGGAGUGCACGACUUGACCGGCUUUGGCGGUCGGUCAUUCCGCGAUGUGUAUAUUGGGCUCCUGCACACAUACUCUCCGUUGCUUGGCCUAUGGGCCGGGGAUCAUCCGUUUACGGGCCAGAUCCUCGAAUUCCGUCUGGAUCUCGGAGGUCAAGGACGGUCGCCCGGGAUUGUGGGCGAGGUGUGGAUCUUUAGAUCGCUCGAACCUGAAGAGUUCGAUGAUCCAAUUGCGAUACAGCAUCCAACACGCGUCCCUGUACUGUGGAUCGGGUUUCUUGAUCGCAGCUUGGGGGACGAAUCGGGUGAAGCUCAAAAGGACGCGGCGGCCUCCUGUUUCGUCGUUAAUGGGCAGACGUCCGCACAUCCAGCGCAUCUGACUAUCAUGUCGGAGACGAAGGAGAGCAUCUACCUCCAUACACGAUAUGGCCAGCAUCAGCACCCUACCUUUCCGCAUCCCGCUUGGCACGAACCAGUCGUCCGUUUCCCAGAAGCACAACACGACCCUUCGCGGUAUUACCCGUUGCGCUCGCAGGAAAACCUCUGCGCAGGCGCGGCUGGAGUCAGCCCUAUGGGUCCAUCGCGUCUCGCUGGCCUCUGGCUCGGCUCUUAUGGGGCACAUGGAACAGAGUGUCUCUUCCUGACUUACGACGAUACGCUCAAGUCCUUACAUGAAAACGUGCCUCGAGGGAGCAUAAGCUGGGAUCGCGACUUGUGGUCGCGUGCGAUUGGGGACAUCGUCCCGGCAUACACUUAUCGUGGGCUGGGUACUGUCAGCGGUCGUGGUUACAUGCCUCACCAAAGAGUGCAUUUCGAUGUAAUCCUUGCUGUGGUCGGGCCGGACGAAUUGCGUCUCCUGUGGAUCGACGACGGAGAUAUCUUCGGUUUGAUACGCUACCACGACAACGCCGUGACGCAAUCCGAGAUCAAGGAGACAUAG